UUUUUAUUAAAUUUAACUUAUUAUGGUUAGGGUGGGAGGGAGAGAGAAGAUAUCAAUAUACACAGAAGGGUGAGUAAACACAAAAUAAUUUUCUGGGAGUGGGAAAAACAUUGACAGUUUUUCUUGGGGGCCAGAUCAGGAAGGGAAGCAGGUAGUAUAAUACUGAAAAGAGUAAAAACAGACUGGCAUUGAAAGACUUCAUAACCUGGCCUAGAGUCAGAGGACACAUGUUUAAAUUCUGCCUCUGUAAUCUUGUGCAAAUCAUUUAUCUCCCUGGGCUUCUGUUUACUCAUAUGUAAAAUAAAGGCAUUGGAGUAAGUUGCUUCUGGAAGGCCUUCCAGUUCAAAAAUCUGUGAUUCAUCGAGGAAGGGUGUUAUAAAUUUGAGAUAGUAUGUGAGGUGAUCCUUGAAGGGAGCUAAGGAUUACUAGAGGCUGAUGUAAUGAAAAGCAUUCCAUACAUGGAGGUCAAUUUGUGUAAGGACCCAGAAAUGUAAGCUAAUUUACCAGACUGUCAGAAGAAAAGAAAGAAUAAAAGUAUUCUGCUAUUGUAGUAAAUAGGGAUAAAUGGGGACAAGGAUAGGGACAGGACCUGUGAUUUCAUUGGUAUAGGGGAGACCAUCUCAGUGAGGAAUUCCCCCUACAAGUGCAGAUUGGCAGCUUCUCUGAAAGUUAUUGUUUUAGUGAAAUGCCCACAGCAUUUGAGGUGAUAAGAGACUUGCCCACGGUCACAUAGCCAGAAUGUGUCAGAGUUAGUAAUUGAACCCAGGUCCUCCUGGUUCUUUCUGCUGACAUCUUUGGAGUGAAUACCACAUCAAUUACUACCAUAACAUAUGUACCUUCUAAGAAAGUAGGAACUAGAUAAAGGUCCAAACUCCUUUUAACUAGGUAUACCAAGAUCUAACUCUUUUUCUUUUUGGUAUCUGGCUAUGUGUGAAUGUCGGUGUGUUCAUACUCAGGUAUUACUGUCAAGGAAGGGUGUUGAGUGAAUGAUCGUUAGCUGAUGUUACACAAGUAGGAAGCUUUACCUUACCCGUAGCCAUUUGUUGCUCUCACUGGGAGGGGAUGGCCAUAAUAACUGACUCAUCUAUCAGUCAGUCAGCAAACAUUAUUGAAUGCAUAGUAUAUACCAGGCACUGUGUUAAGCACUGGGAGUCCAAAUAGAACUAAAAACAGUUUCUGUCCUCAAGGAACUUACGUUCUAAUUUGGAAAGACAGCAGACAAGUAAGUACAUUCAAGAUAUAGGUAGAAUAGUUAGAAGAUAAUUUCUAAGGGGAAAGUACUAGCCACUGGUAAUGGCAUCCUGGGAAUUUGAGAUUUAACCUCAGUCUUGAAGGAAGACUGGGAAGCUAAAGUGUGGAGGUCAUUGGACAGACCAUUUCAGACAAGGGAAAAAGCCAGCACAAAGUCAUGGAGAUGGGAGAUAGAGAGUGGGAUUGGAGAAACAGCAAGUGGGUCAUUGUAGCUGGAUCAUAGUGUACAUAGAGGGAAGGCUGGAAAGGAAGGAAAGGGCCAGGUUAUGAAUAGCUUUCAAUGCCAAAUAGUUUAUAAUUGAUCCUAGAAGGAAUAGGUACCCACUGGAACUGAUUAAAUAGGCUUCAUGAUGUUUUUAGUACAAAUGCCAGGCAUUGUCAACUCCAGGUAUAAGAUCAUGGAUCUCCCAAAACACAAAAAUUAUGCAGAUUAAACAUUCACCACAUCAUUUCCCUUAAAUCCUUACUUUUUUCCUAGUUUCUGUUCCUUAUAGAAGGUUGCAAAUCAAAUGAACAAGAAGACAUGUAUGAGAUAAUUGAUGAAUACUUAACAUAAUGUCUCUACUCCCAUCCCUCUAUUUCAUGUUACUUCUUUUCCAAGGGAAAGCAGUCUUCACUGAUCAUUAGUCUGAGUCAGCAUGGAGAAAUGGAAGGGGUACUGGACUUGGCAACAGGAGGGAGAUACCCACAUUUGAAGCCCAUCGCUGAUGUUCUAGCUAUGAACCUGUUUCUUCAUCCAUAAAAUUUUCAGGAAACCAGUUUAGAAGUAAUGGAUAAAAACUCCAGUCUGGGAGCCAUAGAUGGGAUCUCAGAACUAUGCUUCAGUUUUGGAGUUGUAUCAGAUAUUCAAUAUGCCGAUUUAGAAGAUGGCUAUAAUUUCCUAAGAACCAGAAUGAGGUACUACCGAUACAGUCUUCAUCAUCUUGAAGGGGCUAUUGAAGAAUGGAAUGAAGAAAGCAAUCACCUCUUUUUUGUGUUGCAACUUGGUGAUAUCAUUGAUGGGUUUAAUGCACAGUAUAAAGUGUCAGAAGAGUCACUACAAAAUGUUCUGAAGGAAUUUGAAAAACUCAAAGCCCCUGUUCAUCAUACAUGGGGAAACCAUGAAUUCUACAACUUCAGCAGGGACUAUUUAAGAAACUCUAAGCUUAACACAAAAUUUUUAGGAGACCAGAUUGCACAUUGUCCUGAGACCACACCUUCAGAAAACUAUUAUGCUUACCACUUUGCACCUUUUCCUAAAUUUCGGUUCAUUUUACUUGAUGCUUAUGAUAUGAGUGUUCUUGGAAUGGAUCAGUCUUCUCCAAAAUAUCAAGAUUGUAUGAAGAUGCUGAAGGAGAAGAAUCCAAAUAAGGAACUGAAUAGCCCUCAAGGACUUUCCGAACCUCAGUUUGUCCAGUAUAAUGGAGGAUUCAGUCAGGACCAAUUGGACUGGUUCGAUGCAGUUCUUACUUUCUCUGACACAAACCAAGAAAAGGUAGUGGUUGUGGGUCAUGUUCCUAUUCACCCAGACUGCUCUGAUGAUACAUGCCUUGCCUGGAAUUACAGAGAUGCUCUCUCAGUCAUUUGGUCUCAUAAAUGUGUGGUGUGCUUCCUUGCUGGUCACACUCAUGAUGGUGGGUACUGCAUAGAUACUCAUGGUGUGCACCAUAUCACGCUGGAAGGGGUUAUUGAAACACCACCAGAGAGCCAGGCUUUUGGUACAGUGCAUGUUUAUCCGGAUAAAAUGGUAUUGAAAGGGAGAGGCAGAGUUCCAGAUAGGAUCAUGUAUUACAAGAAAGACUGAAAAGGUUAAUCCUGUUCCUUGAAUGGCUUUUUUUUUGUUAAUUUUAAGAGAUGUGAUAGAAAUUACUGUUUUUGUUAAUAAAUAACUUAGUCCCCAUUUGGCAUGUUUAAUACAUAUAAUAAACUAUAUAUUUUUCACAUUAA